GCCCUGAGAGGCCAAAUUAGUGAAUGCACGGAGUAGUUACUGUUGCACCAUAUAUCUUAAUUAUGAGCCAAUUUUUCUUUUUGUCCGCGCCAAGGGAACAACAACAACAACAAAUGCAUUGCUGUUGGGUCGAGGGAGAUUUUCAUCUUCCGGCCAUCAAAUUGAGAAGUGCGAUGUGAGUCCUGAUGCCGUGCGUCUUGUCAAGACUUCCUCGGGUUUGUUUUCAACUCCACUCCCAGGCUAAGCUCCGUGUGUGCUUUCUUUGCUUUCUUUGUCUUUUUUUCUUUUCCUUUUUCUUUCUUUCUUUCUUUCUUUUCUUUUUUUUUUUUUUUUCUCUUCUUUCUUUUCUUCAUCGUUUUGCUUCUCGCUGGUAUUUUCAAGCUGCAAUUUCGGUGGAAGUUUCUUGCCUUAGCGGUCAGUGCUGAGUAUUGGUGGAUUCGGAGACCAAAUAUCUAUUCCAAGCAUCAUUAUUCUGUGCUCCUCUUGUUGUCGUCGUCAUUGCAAACGCAGCUAUGGGAUCGUUUCACUAUGGCGCGAAACCUAUCUACCCCCUAAAAGUCCCUGUCUUUCACCACAGUCUUGUAACAGAUGACUCUGACGCGCUCAAAUUCAAAGCCGCCUCGUUCCUCCAACUGCAGCAGGGGAUCAAGUAUCAAGAAGCCGCUUCCUCAAACUCGUAUCUCAUCACUUCCCCUUAUAACCAGGAGGGCCACCAUCUUGAUCUCCAUACGCUUGAGCCUUCCAGUCAACUUCUCGCUAAGGCGCUGACGGUUCUCAAACCCAUUCGAUCUGAUUAUGCAACAGCGGAAUAUGUCGAGUCCUUCAACUGGCAGCUUGUGAUGGAUGUGCUGAGGGAUCUGGCCGCUGCAGAAGGGUAUGAGUGGAAGGAACAGUCGUUCCACGUCGUGACGUUUCGAUCCGUUCUUCUUCCAACGGCAGAUCCGGGCAGGCUCACCGAGCUCGAUUCACAUUCACACGAGGAAGCCACUGCCAGCGGUGGACUGUUGAAAUAUUGGUUUGGGACCAAGGAUGAGAAAUUGAGGAAUUUGGCGACCUGUAUUUGGCGAAGCAGAGAGGACGCGAGACGUGGCGGAUUAGGACCCUGGCACGGAAAGGCGAUAGCAGCCGCGCGAGAAUUGUACCAAAAGAUUGAAUUUAAAACUUUGAAGUUGGUUAUUGCCGACGGGGUUGAGCGGUGGGAUAUUGUGGAUGAGAAGAAUGCAGCUUGAGUAAAUGCUUGGCUAUGAGGAGGGAACUUAAUAGUACGCGUUUAGUUUUGUAGGUUGUGUAAGAUCGUAGCUCUGAUCGUAGCUCUGAUCGUAGCUUUGAUCGUAACUUUGAUCGUAGCUCUUCCUAGCUACAUCAUCCCUUAGUGUUAGAAGCACAGACAGGUUGCAUGUGCUGCUCACACAUUUUUGCAGUAGUUAAGUCUGGCGCUGGGAAAGAGCCCAAAGCUCCAUCUGUAUAUUUGCCAGGAAGAUUUGAAGCCAACAUCAAGCUCUAAUGCUUCAAUCUCAUCAGUCCUUAUAGGCUCACAAUCAGUUUUUUUUAACUCUAACAAUUGGAAAAGAGUGGAGUUA